AUGGCGGAUCUCCCGGCUCACGCCUCUCCUAAACUCGCCCCGCAUUCUCCUAUGCCGACCGACCGACCAAACGACCUGCUCGACGAUGAGAGUCAGGGAAGCGGUAUCGCGACAGGCGAACAAACUCCUGCCCUCCCGAAUUCGAUUCUAUCGCCAGCAUUUACCCCACCCGCGACUCCCGGUGGCACAUUGAACCUCACUUCCAACCCGACACAGUUCUUGCACGACAUCCAAGCCGCGAGCAUUCGACACCAGGGAGAACACAAGAAAGCACCCAAAUUGCUAGAGCAGUUGCCCAAUGUGGAAUGUAUCGUCCGGGCCCGUAUUCCAACCACCAACGGUGCGGAGAUGUUCCUGCAUCUCUACCACAACGAUAUCGAUAAUAAGGAGCACUUGGCCAUCGUCUUUGGAUGCAAUAUCCGCAGUCGGAGCUUGGAUCGUGUUCGACCCGGCGAAACCGAGAUGGACCGCAUGAUCCGAGGUGCAUAUGUUGGCAAAUUGCAUCCCGGGCGAACUAGCAGUUGGUACGAUGACGACAAGAACACGGAAUCGGCAUCGGGUUCACGCAUGGAACCCCCGCUGGUUCGGAUUCAUUCGGAAUGUUAUACGGGCGAGACGGCAUGGUCUGCUCGAUGCGACUGUGGUGAGCAGUUGGACGAAGCUGCGCGAUUGAUGUCCUUCCCGGUCGAGGAUCUUUCGGCUAAUGCCCCUCCCGAGACGCAGUCCUUGCGGUCACAAUCUGCCGGAGGUGUGAUUAUCUAUCUACGACAAGAGGGCCGAGGUAUUGGCUUGGGUGAGAAAUUGAAGGCCUACAAUCUGCAAGACCUCGGGUCCGACACUGUCGAGGCGAAUCUUCUGCUACGCCAUCCGGCCGAUGCCCGGAGCUAUGGCUUAGCCACUGCGAUGCUGAUGGAUCUUGGCUGCGGCGCAGACGUGAAUCCUGAUGGCGUGCGCCUGCUUACGAAUAACCCCGAUAAGGUGCGGGCGAUAGAAGGACCUAACCGUGAAGUGUUGGUAAAGGAGCGUGUUCCUAUGAUUCCAUUGGCGUGGCGGACAGGCGGGGAACGCGGGAUCAAGAGUUCCGAGAUUGAAGGCUACUUGAGAACUAAGAUUUCAAAAAUGGGCCAUAUGAUCCAAUAA